UGGUUGCCCUCUGGGGGUCGCUAACGGCUGCCGGGCAGCGGCUCGGCGGAAGAUGGCGGCGCAGCGGCCGCUUGGCCGCCCCCGAGCAACGGGCGCCGCCAUGCACGGGCUGGGCCUGGUCCUGCUCGGUCUCGUCAUCGUCCUGCUGCAGGCGGUCCCGGCAGUUCAGUGUUCAAGAAGUGCAGAGUCAAGAAGCAAUAGCUUAAGAAUAGUGGGAUCCAUCUUAUCUCCAGUGAAAGUUUAUGUUAAGCUGGAUCACAGCAGUCCGCAUAUUCUGUGUGUUACAAAUCAUCUGCGAAACUCAGAAUUGAUUGAUCCAAUAUUCCGGUGGAAAGGACCACAUGGUUAUCUCUCUUCGGAAAAUUCCAGUGUGCAAAUAUCACCAGCGGGAACUUUAAUAUUUGAACACUUCAGUUCUGACCUGAGUGGAGUUUACACUUGUUCUCUUGUUUAUAAGCUUAUCGCUGAGCAACCUGAUAAAAGACUCACAAUAAAAUAUCAUAUUUAUGCUUAUUCUGAUCCUCAGUAUUACUAUGAAUUAACAGCGAAGUAUCAUGCAGCCCCCUGCAAUAGUUUACAUAAUACUUCUUUUGGGAAGACAUUGCUUCAGAUACUAAGUAAGCUUGUUGCUGACCUUUCAUGUGAGGUUUCAUUAAUUAAGUCAAAAUGCCACCAUGUAAAAAUGCAGAGAGGAGGCCUCCAGGAUGAAAUGUUCUUUACAUUUUCAGUUAUGUGCUUAGAAACAGAAGACAACAAACUAUGUUCGCAAAGAGCUUGUGAUGUACCUCAUAGAUUAAACGAGGCAAAAAACCUCAUAGAGAAAUUUUUUAAGCGAGAGGUGGAAAUUAGGAAGGAAAGUUCUGAACCGUUGCCUGAAAUAUACUACAUUGAAGGUACACUGCAAAUGGUGUGGGUUGAUCGUUGCUAUCCAGGAUAUGGAAUGAGUGCUGUAAGGCAUCCAGACUGCCCAGAGUGUUGUGUUGUCUGCAGCCCAAGAUCUUACAAUCCUAGUGAUGGAAUUCACUGUCUUCAGUGUGACACCAGUUUGAUAUAUGGAGCAACAACGUGCUGACAGUAGAGGGACUGGCAAAGCUGCAAUAGCUCUCAUACGUUUUAACUUGGUAAUAUAAAUAAAGAUUUUCAUUUAAAUAUUUACCUGA